GCUCACACAUCUCCUCUCUCAGCCCCACUCCAGCUACUCCUACCUUCUCAGCUCCUUUACUUCAGCAGUAUGUCCAUCAGAUCCACCAUGAGGACCCAGAGCAGCAGCCAGCGAGGCUUCAGUGCCAGCUCAGCCCGGGCUCCUGGGGGCAGCCGCUCUGGCUUCAGCUGUGUCUCUGUGUCCCGCUCCAGAGGCACUGGGGGUGCUGGUGGAGUGUAUGGAGGAGCUGGCUUUGGCAGCCGCAGCCUUUAUAGCCUAGGAGGCACCAAGAGAAUCUCCAUUGGAGGGGGCAGCUGCGGCCUGAACAGUGGAUAUGGCAGCAGAGUUGGAGGUGGCUAUGGCUUUGGAGGUGGUGCCGGGAGUGGAUUUGGCUUUGGCGCUGGAGCUGGCAGUGGCUUUGGCUUCGGUGGGGGUGCUGGCUUUGGAGGCUCUGGCUUCCCUGUCUGCCCCCCUGGAGGCAUCCAGGAGGUCACCGUCAACCAGAACCUGCUCACUCCUCUGAACCUGCAAAUCGACCCCACCAUCCAGCGGGUGAGGACCGAGGAGCGAGAGCAGAUCAAGACCCUCAACAACAAGUUUGCCUCCUUCAUCGACAAGGUGCGAUUCCUGGAGCAGCAGAACAAGGUCCUGGACACCAAGUGGGCCCUGCUCCAAGAGCAAGGCACCAGGACAGUGACCCAGAGCUUGGAGCCCCUGUUUGAGCAGUACAUCAACAACCUCAGGAGACAGCUGGACAGUAUCCUUGGGGACAGAGGCCGCCUGGACUCAGAGCUCAGAAGCAUGCAGAGCACAGUGGAGGACUACAAGAACAAAUAUGAAGAUGAAAUCAACAAGCGCACAGCAGCAGAGAAUGAAUUUGUGACUCUAAAGAAGGACGUGGAUGCUGCCUACAUGAAUAAGGUUGAACUCCAAGCCAAGGCUGAUUCUCUCACAGAUGAGAUCAACUUCCUGAGGACCCUCUAUGAAGCAGAACUGUCCCAGAUGCAAACCCACAUCUCAGACACCUCCGUGGUUCUGUCCAUGGACAACAACCGCUCUCUGGACCUGGACAGCAUCAUUGCCGAGGUCAAGGCCCAGUAUGAGGAGAUUGCCCAGAGGAGCCGGGCUGAGGCUGAGUCCUGGUACCAGACCAAGUACGAGGAGCUGCAGGUCUCAGCAGGCAGACACGGAGACGACCUGCGCAACACCAAGCAGGAGAUUUCUGAGCUCAACCGCAUGAUCCAGAGGCUGAGGUCUGAGAUUGACCACGUCAAGAAGCAGUGCGCCAGCCUGCAGUCCGCCAUUGCUGAUGCUGAGCAGCGUGGGGAGUUGGCCAUCAAGGAUGCCAAGAACAAGCUGGCUGAUCUGGAGGAUGCCCUGCAGAAGGCCAAGCAGGACAUGGCCAGGCUGCUGAGGGAGUACCAGGAGCUCAUGAAUGUGAAGCUGGCCCUGGACGUGGAGAUUGCCACCUACAGGAAGCUGCUGGAAGGAGAGGAGUGCAGGCUGAAUGGAGAAGGAGUGGGACAAGUCAACAUCUCUGUCGUGCAGUCCACCGUCUCUGGUGGCUAUGGUGGUGCCAGCGCCAUUGGUGGCUCCUCAGGCCUGGGUGGAGGCAGCGGCUACUCCUAUGGUAGUGGCCACAGCCUUGGAGGAGGCUUCAGCUCUGGCAGCGGCAGAGGCCUCGGCGGUGGCUUCAGCUCCUCUGGGGGCAGUGGCUCCACCAUCAAAUACACCACCACUUCUUCCUCCUCCAGCAGAAGGAGCUACAAGAACUGAAGUCCUGCCAUCAGCUCUUGGUCCCACACUUCCUCAGGGCCAUCUCCAUUUCCUCUUUCUCUCUCAGGAUGCUUCUCCUCUCCUGCCCCCCUUUGCUCUCACUCUCUGAAGAGGCACUGAACUUGCUGAGUGCUCUCUUCCCCUCAGUGCCUGUGUGAUCUUGCUGAGACUCCACAGCUCACUCUCAGGGUUCACAGCCAGGUCCUCCAACAGAAAUAGACAGCCUUGCAUGGUUUCAAUUGUCCCUGGAUGUCUCCAUCAUACAAUGUUGGACUCUUCCUUUCAGUGGCCUUGAAAUUCCUGGUAACUAGGCCUGGAAUAUGCAAAUUCUUUUCCCCUACUCGUUGCUCUACUCUUCCUUUGCUAAUGGCUAAAUAAAGCAGAUUUAUAAUAUAAA